UAUUUAUUUAUUUUAAGGCAAACUUAUAAAAAGUAUAGCCUUAUUAUUAAGAUAGCCUUAAAUAAGCUUAGCUUUAAGAUACCGGCUAUAUAUAAAGAUAUAUAUAGCUAUAUAGCUAGUAGUAAGGUAUUUUAUUUAAAGAGUAAAGUAUUUUAUAACUAG